CACCGGCUGUUGUGCGGCGGGGCUCUUUAGCCGGCGAAGAGGAGAAGGCAGGAGAAGGAGGCGGCGACCCUCUCCACAGUCCCCGCGCGCGGCAGCCGCCCUCCCUCCCUCCCCCCCCUCGCCUGGCCCGGCCCCACCUGGAUGGUCGGCGCCGCGGCUGCGGGGCCUCCUCGUCGUCCUCCCUGGUGCCUGCGGUGGCGGCGGGCGGGGGCUCCGCAGGGCGGGUGUCGUGUGAGGGCGGCGGCGCUGCUGAAUGAAGAUGGACUAUGACUUCAAGGUGAAGCUGACCGGGGAGCGCGAGCGCGUGGAGGACCUUUUCGAGUACGAGGGCUGCAAGGUGGGCAGGGGCACCUACGGGCACGUCUACAAGGCCAAGCGGAAAGACGGGAAAGACGAUAAAGAUUAUGCUCUAAAGCAAAUAGAAGGUACUGGAAUUUCUAUGUCUGCUUGCAGAGAAAUAGCACUGCUGCGAGAACUCAAGCAUCCAAAUGUUAUUUCUCUGCAAAAGGUGUUUCUGUCUCAUGCGGACAGAAAAGUAUGGCUUCUCUUUGAUUAUGCGGAACAUGACCUCUGGCAUAUUAUAAAGUUUCACAGAGCUUCUAAAGCAAACAAGAAGCCAGUUCAGUUACCUCGGGGAAUGGUGAAAUCGCUGUUAUAUCAAAUUCUAGAUGGUAUUCAUUACCUACAUGCUAACUGGGUGUUACACAGGGAUUUGAAACCUGCUAAUAUUUUAGUUAUGGGUGAAGGUCCUGAGCGAGGAAGAGUAAAAAUUGCUGACAUGGGCUUUGCCCGGCUAUUUAAUUCACCUUUGAAGCCUUUAGCCGAUCUGGAUCCAGUAGUUGUAACAUUCUGGUAUCGUGCUCCAGAGUUGCUGCUUGGAGCAAGACAUUAUACCAAAGCUAUUGAUAUUUGGGCUAUAGGGUGUAUAUUUGCCGAACUACUAACAUCAGAGCCAAUAUUCCACUGCCGACAAGAGGAUAUAAAAACUAGUAAUCCGUAUCACCAUGACCAGCUGGACAGAAUAUUCAAUGUAAUGGGAUUUCCUGCAGAUAAAGAUUGGGAAGAUAUUAAAAAGAUGCCUGAACAUUCAACAUUAAUGAAAGACUUUAGAAGAAACACGUAUACCAACUGCAGCCUUAUCAAAUAUAUGGAAAAACAUAAAGUUAAGCCAGAUAGUAAAGCAUUCCACUUGCUACAGAAAUUGCUUACUAUGGACCCAAUAAAGAGAAUUACCUCUGAACAGGCUAUGCAGGAUCCUUAUUUCUUAGAAGAUCCACUUCCAACAUCUGAUGUGUUUGCAGGUUGUCAGAUCCCAUACCCAAAACGAGAAUUUUUAACUGAAGAAGAGCCAGAUGACAAAGGAGAUAAAAAGAACCAACAGCAGCAGCAGGGCAAUAACCAUACAAAUGGAACUGGUCACCCAGGGAACCAAGACAACAGUCAUACACAAGGGCCUCCCUUGAAAAAAGUGAGAGUUGUUCCUCCUACCACUACCUCAGGUGGACUUAUUAUGACCUCAGACUAUCAGCGUUCCAAUCCCCAUGCUGCCUAUCCAAAUCCUGGACCAAGCACAUCGCAGCCACAGAGCAGCAUGGGAUAUUCAACUACCUCCCAGCAGCCUCCACAGUACUCUCACCAGACGCACCGGUACUGAGCUGCACCUGAGUAAGUCAAUGCACUGUUGCUAAGGCUGCAGGACUGGCCGUGCUGCUGUCUGCCUGGAACCUGGCUUGGGCUGCAAGAAUGUACUGUAACUAUCGCAUCUUCAAAAUGUCUGAUAGCCAAGUUCCACUACUUUUCACAGGUUGGGGGGUAGUGGCCGCCUCAGAUUGUACCCGUUUAAGGAGUUAGACUUGAAAAGAAAGUACUAGCACAGUUUGUGUUGUGGAUAUGCUACUUCCAUAGUUUACUUGACAUGGUUCAGACUGACCAAUGCAUUGUUUUCAGUGACAGUCUGUAGCAGUUGAAGCUGUGAAAUGUGCUAGGGGCAAGCAUUUUUGUUGUUGUGAAUUCUAUUGAUGUUAACAACGUUAUCUGACCAAUAGUACGCAAAAUCUCUUCACUGGUAUUUGAAGCAUACAGUAUGUGUUAACAAGAUGAAAAACUAACUGUGGCUCCAAAUGAGAGGAUUUUGAUAUACAUUGAUUUUUAGUGACUUUUUUUGUGGGUUGAUUCAUUUUCCACACCGAUCAAUGUUUUAUGACCAACAAAUUUGCUACAAGGAGAUUUUUAAAAAAAACAAUAGAAAAUGAGCAUUUUCCAGCAGAUUUACAAGCCUCCCAAAGAUUAAUUUUCAACAUACGUUUAUUUCGUUCUCGAAUCUAUGACUUGACUGGUAUUAAAGCUGCUAUUCAAUAGUAAAUGAGUGUGUUAUUGAGAUAAACCUGUUUGGUCCAGCAAACAAACUAAAAUGAUUGUCAUAGACAGUGUUUUAUUUUUCCUGUUGGUGUUACUGAUUUGUGAGCAUGCUUUGGAAUUUUAAAAAGCAUGAAUAAUGUUCCCUGCAAAAAAACAAACAGUGCGGCAUUCAUUCAGAUUUUUUGUCAUGAUUUUUGAGAGCUGGCUUGAUGUAGUGGAUUUUAAAUUUUGUUAAUUAUUUUUAAAUAUGUUCGCACGUUUGUUUAGGGGGCACCCUUAUUAAAGCAAAGGAUUAAGGCGUUAGGAGAACCUUAGAAUUUGAGAAGAACUAUACCAUACAAUGUACUGUAUCAAAACUAUUUUACAUGAAUGACGCAGGUAUUCUGAAUUUUAAAAAAAUCAACAUUGUUAAAAACAAGGUGUUACGUAA